CCCCACGGCGAUCAGGUUAGUGUGCGCCGCGGGUGCUGGGGGCUCGAGAACCGAGCGGAGCUGGUUGAGCCUUCAAAGUCCUAAAACGCGCGGCCGUGGGUUUGGGGUUUAUUGAUUGAAUUCCGCCGGCGCGGGAGCCUCUGCAGCGAGAGAGCGCGAGAGAUGGAGAUGGACAAACGGAUUCAUUUAGAGCUGCGGAACAGGACGCCCUCUGAGGUGAAAGAGCUUGUCCUGGACAACUGUCGGUCGAAUGAAGGCAAAAUUGAAGGCCUCACAGAUGAAUUUGAAGAACUGGAGUUCUUAAGUACAAUCAAUGUAGGCCUCAUCUCAGUCGCAAACUUACCAAAGUUAAACAAACUUAAAAAGCUUGAACUAAGCGAUAACAGAAUCUCAGGGGGCCUGGAAGUAUUGGCAGAAAAGUGUCCGAAUCUCACGCAUCUAAAUUUAAGUGGCAACAAAAUUAAAGACCUCAGCACAAUAGAGCCACUGAAGAAGUUAGAAAACCUCAAGAGCUUAGACCUUUUCAAUUGCGAGGUGACCAACCUGAAUGACUACCGAGAAAACGUGUUCGAGCUCCUCCCACAACUCACAUAUCUCGAUGGCUUCGACCAGGACGACAAGGAAGCCCCCGACUCGGAUGCCGAUGUCUACUUGGAGGGCCUGGAUGAUGACGAGGAGGAGGAGGACGAAGAUGAGGAAGAGUACUAUGAAGACGCUCAGUUAGUGGAAGACGAGGAGGACGAGGAGGAGGAGGAGGAGGAGGAGGAGGAGGAAGGUGAAGAGGAGGAUGUGAGUGGAGAGGAGGAGGAGGACGACGAAGACUAUAACUUCGAGGAAAUAGAAGACGAGGACUAUGAAUUAGAAGCUGGUGAAGAAGAAAGGGGUCAAAAGCGAAAACGAGAACCUGAAGAUGAGGGUGAAGAAGAUGACUAAAUGGAAUAACCUAUUUUGAAAAAUUCCUAUUGUGAUUUGACUGUUUUUACCCGUAACCCCUCCCCCCAAGUCCUGCCCCCCGAAACUUAUUUUUUUCUGAUUGUAACGUUGCUGUGGGAACGAGAGGGGAAAAGUGUACUGGGGGUUUUGGGGGGAGGGAUGGCUGGAGGGGGUGGAAUAAAGUACUAUUUUUACUGCCACUCUUUAUUUUUUUUCCCCUACUUUUCCUUUGUAUUGGUUUUGUCCCUGUAAAUGCAAUAGCUGAGGACAACACCUCAAGUGAGCAUUUGUUCCUUACUCACAAAGAGGACGGUUUGAGGUCCCUCACCUUUCCUGCUAUUUCCCAAGUCUCUUGAGUCAGUUGGAAGGCCAUGGCUGGCCCGGGCUGAGUACCAGCCACGUCCUACCUCUUGUUCUGGGUCAUGUGAUGUCUGCAUUUCUUGGGUCUGCUAGAGGCAUCCAAAACCCUGGUUUGUAAAUAGCAACCUAAAGGCGUAUUUUGGCACUGUUUGGGGCCAUCCCCGUCUCUCAUUCCCUCUCCCUCUCCCAGCGGUGGUGGGCUUUGCUCUGUGAAGACAACUUUGAUGUCACUCUUAUGAGCUAUGAGCCAGAAAGCUGAAAACAGCAGCCUCAUGACUUACAAGUAAAGUGUAUUUGGCGAUUACAAUUAAAAGAAGCAAACCCUCAGACUUCGACCUCUUUAAAAGAUUUUAAAACAAAACUGUCAUAUCUUGUUCUGUGAUCUAUUAGAACGCUUUGUUUCCCGAAAUGACAAGAGAAUUCUUCCACCUGUACUUCUGUGCUUAGACCAUUUUUACGAACCUAAGCGCGGGAGACUUGCUGCAUGUCGGCUGGGUUUUUUUUUUUCAUAUACCCGAGCACGGAAAAACUUAAUGCAAAAUUGUAUUUUCUUACCUAGUGGAAAUCUGAAAUGACUGCAAAUUCCUAGUGAAUGUACAGGUUUGCUUUCAUGUCCCUCUUCUGGAUUGCUUUAGAAGUGACGUGUUAUUUCCUAGCCCGUGUUUCAUCUGUAUAAAAAAACAUCUGCACCGGUUUUUCUCCCCCUCAGAAGAGCCAAACUUUGAGUUUUAUGUCUGUUUGUCAUUGAUAAAUUUCAAUAAAUCUUUUUAUACAAUUUUUUGAGGAAUG